CCAACGGCCUCAUAUCCAUUAGCUUGACAGCUGUCAAAUCCACCGUCCCUUACAAGCCUCCGAACGAGACAACAGGACCGCAAAGAUGUCGCAAGCUGGCGGAUCAUACAAUAACCCCUUGAAGAAGUUCAAGUUGGUGUUUCUAGGAGAACAGAGCGUCGGGAAGACCUCUUUAAUCACACGAUUCAUGUAUGAUUCUUUCGACAACAUGUAUCAAGCGACAAUUGGCAUUGAUUUCCUCUCCAAGACCAUGUACCUCGAGGACCGCACGGUGCGACUGCAGCUAUGGGAUACUGCUGGACAAGAACGAUUCCGAAGCUUGAUUCCUUCUUACAUUCGCGAUUCAAGCGUAGCUGUUGUUGUCUAUGACAUCUCUAACGCUAAGUCAUUUCAAAACACCAAGAAGUGGAUCGACGACGUACGAGCCGAGCGAGGUAACGAUGUUAUUAUUGUGCUGGUUGGAAACAAGACGGAUUUGAACGACAAGCGGGAAGUGACCACACAGCAGGGAGAGGAGGAGGCAAAGAAGAACAACCUGAUGUUUGUCGAGACAAGCGCAAAGCUGGGCCACAACGUCAAGAACCUGUUCAAGAGGAUAGCACAAGCCUUGCCUGGCAUGGAGGGAAGCGAUGCCGCGGCGCAAGCUUCUAAUCAGAUGAUUGAUGUCAAGACGAACAACUCGCAGCAGUCGCAAGAAGGCUGCGCAUGCUAAAUACGCCAACACCGAUUCGGGACUGGAGUACAGGAGUGCCUGGGAAAACGCAAGCCGUACUCAAGAUGCGAAAGAAGCCUGGCUACCUCGCACACAAAAUAGGAUAUCAAGCAUAGCGUGUGGAUCUGAGUGCAAGAGCUUG